AUGUCCCACCAUCGACGCCAACGCCGAGAGCACAUUAAGACUCCACGUCAGAGACUCGAACUGUCUAAGAAUCAAAAUGUCCCAGCUCGAGAUACAUGGAACAUGGAGCUAUUGUUGCUCAAUGGCGGCGCGAUUGAUUUUUACGAUCCGUGGCAGCUCAGUCGAGGGUUCCGCAAUGAUCCCUUUGAGUGUGUGCCCGGGACAAACGACGGUGUACAAGCGGUGGCUUUUGAAUACUUAACCAGCUAUCUUUUCCCGUCAGGAGACGCUAUCAGCUCAGCAUAUGGAACCAGCAACUGGUGGCGCAAGCUCGUCGUGGCAAUGGCUUACUCAGCCGAGGUUACUCAUGCCGUUACUUGCGUUCUCGCAGCCACUCAUACUAUGGUUGUCACAGACUCUAGUCCGAAUGGUUUCAAGGUGCUCUCUCCAGGCAUAUUGUACCAUCGUGGCCAGGCUAUCCGGAAGCUGCGACUCCACCUGCAGCAACCAAAUGCCGUGGCAGACGAUUGUGCUAUUCUAACCAUUUUGUUCCUUGGCAUCUUUGAUAAAGGGGUCGGUGAUGAUUAUGCUGCCACUAUUCAUUGGCGACAGCUUGGCCAAAUGGUAACGGCGCGCGGAGGUCCCCAAAACAUCACCUCGGAACUCGGUUUGCGGGAUAUCCUUGUGACAUUCCAGCAGCUGUCUAGCGCUACUACUGAAAAUGUUUCUAUCCCCAGCUCGUCGAUAGAGCCUAUGGUGAUACGUCCACAGCUAUAUGAAUGUAGCACCAGUGACGGCUGGCGCUCACAACCAGUCUCGUUCCGAGACAUGUUCUUACAUGGCUCAAUGUGUAAGACCUCGAUGGACGUCGUCCUCAAAGUGGCACAAGAAGAACGCUUGUUACCGAACGAGAAGCGGCGGCAACAGGCUACAGAACGCUUACUGAACAAAGCUCCUGACUUGUUCGUCCCACAGAAGGCAAGUCUCUUGGCCAAGCUCGUAAGCCUUGCCUUGCUUAGAUACAGGGUGAAUGCACACACGAGAGUCAGGCACUUCGUUUGUCCAUACGAGCAAGCCGCGUGGACUCUUUCCGAGGUUCUUCCGCAGGUAGCCCCGCCUCCAUCAGGUGUAGAGAGAGAUACUUUAUUGUGGGUAUGGCUGGUCGCGGUCGACGCAUGGAGCGUGAGCACGACACUGAAGGCCAGUCUCACAACGAUAGGGUCGCGACUGUUUAUCCAGAUGGCGGAAAAAUUCCCAGAGAUUAGGUACUGGGAGGAACAAGACUUCACAAAGAUGGGGCUUAAAUUCUUUUGGUACAAGCAAGCUCCACGUUGGCUCGCCAGGGAGUGGGAGGUAGUCAAAAACAGCUGGUGA